AUGGGUAGUCUGGCAGAGCAACCAACCUUCCAAGUAGGCCAGCUAGCAAACCACGCCAUUGUCGUCCAUGACAGACAAUCCCUCAACGAUCUAGUCAAGAUUCACUCGGAUACAGUUCUCUACGCCGAGAAUGGAGGGUAUUACCUCAAGAACAUGGAAGAAGAGGUUGUUGCCAUCACUGCCGACGACCUGUGCAAGGAGCUGGACGCUGUUUUUGCCAGUAUCGAUGCCGAAGUUGGCUCUGGAUCUGAAGAUGGAGAAUCUGGAUCUCUCGGUGGGGCAAAUGUUACGAAGGGGAACUCUGUCUGGACUCUGAGCUACACAGAUUGUCACGUGUGCUCCUCGAGCACACGGCACACUGUAUCUAGAGUGUGCUGA